CUGGCGCCAGGCCGCGGAGCGCCGAUUAGCUCGAUGAGCGGGGGCGCAGCUGCGGUGCUGCGACCGACGCGGGGUCCGCGGCCUCUGUCUCCCCCUCCCAGCCUUUCCCCCCGGCCUCCGGCUCUUUCCCCCGCCCGUCUGGCACCGUCCGCCCGGGAGAGCUGCCGGGAGUUCCCCUGAGCCACAGGUGCUGAAUACUUAUUUUGCUGGGAAGCAGAAAAAUACUUGGGGAGUAAAAUAUGCCCCCCAAGUUCAAGCGCCACUUAAAUGAUGAUGAUGUCACUGGUUCUGUGAAAAGUGAAAGAUUCAGAAGAGGACCAUCUGGACCAAGAUUUGGACCUAGAAAUGAUAAAAUUAAGCAUGUUCAGAAUCAGGUGGAUGAAGUUAUUGAUGUUAUGCAAGAAAAUAUUACAAAGGUAAUUGAGAGAGGGGAGAGACUAGAUGAACUUCAGGACAAAUCAGAAAGCUUAUCGGAUAAUGCAACUGCUUUUAGCAACAGAUCCAAACAACUUCGAAGGCAAAUGUGGUGGCGUGGUUGCAAAAUAAAAGCCAUCAUGGCUUUGGUUGCAGGUAUCCUUUUGCUAGUGAUUAUCAUUCUUAUAGUUGUGAAAUAUCAUACUUGAUUUGAUGACAGAGAUCUUCAUUAAACAAGAUCUGGGACAAUAAUAAUAAAAGAUUGCUGCAUAAUUUAAGUGAAACCUAUGUAUAUAACUUUCAAAACUUCAUUUUCAAGAAACUAAGAGGCAAGUAUCACUUCAAAUUGGAACAUUGAGAAUGUCCAAUUAUCUUCUUCUAACAAAAUUUUCUUUUAAUAAUUAUGUUUAAGGUGAAGAUAACCAACCUCUAUUUUGCCAUAUUCCAAGGAUCUAAUUUGAAACUAGAUACUUGCCUGUCAUAAUUUGUGUAUAUAGCUAAUGAACACUAAUGACAAUAUUUCAUACUAGUAUUUUAAUGGCAUAAGGACUUGGUAUUACUGCAUUAAGGUUCAGGCGAGGCUGGGGUCAGGAAAGCUAUGAAGGUACCAAGUCAUUAUGCUGAAAGAGAUGCGUAACUAUUCUGUCAGUAUUUGCAAAAAUAUUCUUUUUGUAUUACAGUUGCUUUGCAAGCAAUUCCUACAUGUUCGUGGGUAUAACAAAAGUACUAACUGUUGUAAAUGAUGCUGCCUUCAGCUAUAACUGAAAACAUUCCAGUAAAUCUGUUUUUGGCUGUAUAAGGAAAUGUGUAGUAAUUUUUUGUCAUUUGGAUUAUGGAAAUGGGAAAUUUAAACAGUGUGAAAAGACAAUAUGGUACCAUAAAACUGGAGAUAAUAAAAUUAUUGAAGAAUGUUAUUGGAGUGCUUGAAAAUGACCAAUAUUUAGCUACCAGUUAUGACCCAGUCUGUUUUCAGUUAAAUUCCACUAAGAAGGGACCAGUCAGUCCUGAUGUGAAUAAAUGAAACCUAUAGGGAACUUAUUCUUCAGUUUUAUUUUCAUUAAUACUUCAACCAUGCCUUUUACCAAAAGUGCUCAAAGUAGCAAAAUCAUCUGCUUUGAAUUUUCUGUGGUUGUAUUCUCUGGUCAUUUGGGGGGACGUGCUUGUUGUACAACCAAGUGUCAGAUCAGUAAUGAGUAGUGAAACAUCAGGAGCCUCGUAAUGUGCACACGGGCCACUCAGCCAGUGACCGAGUGCUCGAGAGUCACCGUUAUCUCAGCCUGUUUUACACUGGGAAAGGUGGUAACUUUAGGAAGUGCCAAUCUCCUUGUGUUGUUUAAGCAAGUCAAAAUAAAAAUACAUUGUCACUAGUGUGUAAGGGGAGGAGAAAUUAAAAUUGGUGAGUCCGUAGAAACUUCCGCUCAUGGACAUCUUGAGACUAUGAGUGUGUGUGUGUAUAACUCCCUGAAUUAGAAAUAGGGUUAAUAGGAAUUAGCAAUAUUUAACGGGGGAAAAUGAUUCUGUAAAGGUUUCAUUGCUUUGGUCAUUUUUUUUGUUGUUGUUU